AUGGCGAGAAGAGCGGACGAGGAGUACGAUUACCUUUUCAAGGUCGUUUUAAUCGGCGACUCAGGCGUCGGCAAAUCCAAUUUGCUCUCCAGAUUUACUCGAAAUGAGUUCUGCUUGGAAUCCAAAUCCACCAUCGGCGUCGAGUUCGCCACCCGUACUCUUCAGGUCGAGGGUCGAACUAUUAAAGCUCAAAUAUGGGACACUGCAGGUCAAGAGAGAUAUAGGGCCAUAACCAGCGCAUAUUAUCGUGGUGCCCUGGGCGCCCUUCUCGUUUACGAUGUGACAAAGCCGACCACCUUCGAGAACGUGAACCGCUGGCUGAAAGAACUUAGGGACCAUGCGGACUCCAACAUAAUUAUCAUGCUCAUAGGAAACAAAACCGAUCUCAAACACCUCAGGGCUGUAGCCACAGAGGAUGCUCAGGGUUUUGCUGAGAGGGAAGAACUCUCAUUCAUCGAGACAUCUGCUCUGGAGGCAACUAAUGUAGAAAAAGCUUUUCAAGAUGUUCUUUCCGAGAUUUAUAGGAUUAUUAGUAAGAAAUCACUUGCCUCGAAUGAGCCUGCUGAGACUAACAUUAAAGAGGGAAAGACACUUGUUGUAGGCACUCAAGAUAACAAUGGAAAGAAGGCGUGUUGCUCGGCAUGA